UCUAUGUUAGUGUGCAUUGUCCACACGCGAAGUGUUCGAAAAAAGUUCCUCGACCGCCCUAGCACCGCAUGAACGCUAGUCAAAGCGCGAUCACGUGUUUGCUAAAUCUCAAUCCCAUUACUCCAAGAUUUCGGUGUUGCAAGCUCCGCGUGAGCACUCUCCGACGACUCAAUCCUCAACAUUGACCACGAUGUCUCUUGUCUGCCAGACUGCACUUCGGCGUGCCGUCCGGAGGUCUGGGUUCCCUUCCUCACUCUCAUUCACAUCGCCAGCCGCUCUGGCCCAAUGUCAGCAGGCUCAAAGGUGGCAGACCACCUCGGCCGCAUCACCUACUAAUACAAAGAUCGCAACAAUCGUUGACCAGAUCAGUCAAUUGACUCUCUUAGAGACUGCAGAUCUUGUAUCAACCCUAAAGACGCGCUUAAACAUACCCGAUAUGCCUAUGGGCGGUUUCGCUGCUGCUGCCCCUGCCGCUGCGCCGGUCGAAGAAGCACAAGAAUCAGCUCCUGCUGCAGCUGAGAAGACGGUGUUCACCUUGAAAUUAGUAUCAUUUGACGCUGGAGCGAAACCAAAGGUUAUCAAAGAGAUCAAGAGCUUGCUCGGACUAAGUUUGGUAGAUAGCAAGAAGUUCGUGGAAAGCGCUCCAAAGACUAUGAAAGAGAAUGUAGCCAAAGAGGAAUGUGACAAGAUCAUUGAGGCGUUGAAAGCUGUUGGUGCGGUUGUCACCAUGGAAUAAAAUGGACAAACACUUUGUAGAAAGCCGCGUCCUUCUAACACUUGUAUUUAUAAUGAUAAGAUCUGUGUAGGUGGAGGCAUAAAACCUCUAUUUGAGACAGCCCCUCUGCUCAGAUUGAAGUUGGUAUUGUAAAGGUCAAGAAACUCCUGAAAAUGCUAUACAUCGCAGACUUCCCAUUGAUCAC